UACUCACUCUGUACAUUAAAUCUCACACCUACACAUCACAAGUCAAAGAUGUUUUCAUCUUUUGUGUAUUUAUUGCAAAGACAAUAAUUUAAAUAUAUUUUUAUUUAAUAAUGUCAAGACUAUCAGGAAAAUAAUCGGAGCUGAACAAUGUGUACAUUAGUACUGAACUCAACAAUGGAGACCAAAGUGACAAGUAAAACGAGUAGUUUGAAGGCAUUGAUACUGCGCGCUUGGCGUGAACGCUGGAGUGAUUUGCAGUGGGGAAUAAAUAUAAAGACAAUUUUACCUCGUGGAGUAAGUGGUGACGUUUACAAUCUAGCUGACUGUAUUCUCCAGCAAGCUCUGGUAGGACCGGGACCAAAUCAAUUAGUACUGUCUUAUUUGAAGCACUCGCUGAGCUCGCAGUUGGUCUCAUACGCGGCAGUACUCCAAAGAAUAAGCAAAUAUGAUGCAUUCCAUAAGCCGCACUGCAUCGUCUGUCUUCUGGAGUUCCUGGAGUCUAUUCAGGUGGGCAUCACUUGUCGCGGAAAACCUGAAGAAGAUCUGCUGGCAGCUGCUGUUUUGUCUAUAGUUGACUGGUUGCUGCAGUGUUACUUGAACACACUGACGAAGAUGUCUCAGAGUAAUGCUAUGGCUAUUCCGCAGAUGGUCGAUCUGAUUGAUAAACCAGCCAGCAUUCUGAAGCAGAUGCUGAGCUCUGACUUUCUGUGCGCGAUGAUGUAUCUUGCAAAGUAUGACGACAAAGAUCUUUACCUGGAGGUUGUAAAGAAAUGCCAGGAAAUUGAAAGUCUGUACAAAACAUGCGGGCAAAAGUCACUGGCACUCAUUGAUGAUUCAUUGAAAAAAUUGUGUAAUUUAGAAAUAGAAACAGUGGCGCCAAAUUCGAUAAAUUUGAAUGUUGAGUCUAUAACUUAUUGCUUACAGCCGCUGUUUGCUGUCCAGGUGCUUCUGAAUCCCAGUACCGAGACUGCGGUUUUUGUCAAUCAAUUAUUGAUGAUAAAACGUCUGAAGGGUUACUCCAAUCCGCGACUCUACUGCGAAAUAAUCCGGGCGUGUCUGAUGUGUCUACACAACGUCACUGGAACUGUAAAAGAGUCCCAGUGGGGCGCAGUUACUUUUUUAAAAAUACCGUUCAUCCUCAAAGAACUUCAUGCGACGACAGUGACUCCAGGAAGUCCUGAAGAAAAGCUCGAGUACUCGCAAGACAUCGUCGACGCAUUUGAGUUGCUGUUGCAAUUCGCGCCGCUGCUGGACAUCAUGGACGCGACUUGUUCUUGUAACAGCGUCGAGUGUCUUUUAAAUGAACUGCAGAAAGUUAAUCUGGUGACAGAGAAACACGUCAAGCAGCUGAGCAGUAGGCGAGAAGGUGUUGCUGCCGCGUUGCAAAAAUUGGAGUCCUCUAGCUCGCCGACAUCAUCAAUUAUGAAAGUUAUCGUGCGUGCAGAGCCAACACUCGCGGGUAUUUUGAAAACUUUGUCUGCUGAUUACACGAAAAUUCAAGAGGCGUUGUUGAGUAUGCUUUGCCAAGUACUGAAUGGCAAGAGUCUUGAUCUUAUGCUGGCAGUUGCGACUGUUGAAGGACAGUUGAAAAAUUUCGUUACCAAACUAAUUAAAUUUAACGAGUGCAGUAAACAGAUGAAUGAUCCAGUUCCUGGUAAAACAGCAGCCACGCGAGCGAUGCUGUUUGAUAUAUCAUUUCUGAUACUUUGCUCUAUUGUUCAGACGUAUGGGUCAGAUAUUGUCCUAGAGGAAGGUGGAGACUCUUUCUUCGAGCAGUGGGUACGUGAGUGCAUGCCAGAGCGUGACAAGCCAAAGUCACCGCAGAAAAUGCUCCAGAAUAUCGACAGCACUCGAGUUGACGCGCUGCUCGUGCAAAUAAAUACCCCGGAAGCGGAUCUCAAAAACAGCAACGUAAAGUGGCACGUCCAGUGUCAGAGUGCAAUGGGAGCAGUCAAGGAAUUGCUGUGUGCCUGGGAGUCUGGAGUUCUUGGUGCGACGGAUGUUAAACGUGCGCUAGACGGGUUACGAUCAACUGCAUGUUGUCUGCCAGUUUGUGCGGCUGCUUGGUUGUGUGCUCACAUGAGUAUCACGCAUCAAGAUGCACUAUUGAAGCCAAUGAACAUGGUCCAGCAGUUCGUGACACCUCUCCCGCCUGAUGAGAUACAAGAUGUCAAUAAUUUUAAACACGACACCAGUGUUCUUAUGUUCCAGAUUAUUAGGAAAAUGCAGUACGACGUUCAUCCGCCCACCCAGUCUAAGACAAAGGUACUGUCAAUGUGUCAUAAUGUUAUUUCAAAGCAGCCGAUACUUGAGCAAUUGGAGUCCGUGUGGCAGGACAUCCAGCAAAGGGGUUGGGUCAAUAUCCAAGCGACUCAUACUUUGGAGUCUUUACUCAAUACCGGUGGGUCUCUUUGGUUUGUCUCGAAUCUCAUUAAGGAAGCUCUCAAAUAUCGAUACCAAGAGCAACUGGACCAGGCUAUUGAUCUUAUAUUUGCGAUAUUUCAUUUGGACAUCGAGAAUUGUACUCUAGAUCUUCUCAAUCACGUUCUACCUCAGUAUCUGUACAACUCACAGCAAAGUGAACAGCUCGUGGAACCUCAGUCGUCUGAGCUCGCUAAAUUAGGCGUCUACUGCAUACUCUCGACCCUCGAGUUCAACAAUUCGAAUCCACAGAAGGGAAACAGUAGAAAGCGAACGAGACGUGAUCUUGAGUCGGAGGAGAUGGAAGCGAUCUGUGGACCUGCUAAUAAACUGUUGCGAUUGAAUGAGACUGGUGACUCUAAUGCUAUUUUUGGGUCCAACUCCCCGCAAGCUUCAGGCCCCACCAACAGCACACAGAAAUCUCUGGUGCUCCGGGACCCUCUGCUGAGUACUCUCAAUAGACUUUUUAAGACUUUCAACUACCUCGCCGCUCGCGACGGCCAAGUGUCUCAACAGACGCACUUUAUUCUGCAGUUCCUUAAAAUUAUGGUGCAAUGCGGGAAAGAUAGAACGCGUGUUGUACUUCAAGGAAUGCCGCAAACUCUUGUGCCUUGUUUGCUGAAAGCACUGCCCGAAUUAUUUACUACCGACUUAUUACUCCGUCUCUAUGACAUCCAGACAACUCCUGGAAGAAAAGCUACAGCGCGUGAUCUUUGCAUGCUCCGAAAUAUAACUCUAAAACCAUGAGCGAUAAAUGUAUGAAUGAGCGACGUGUGUGCAAAAAUAAUUUAUAAUAAUUAUUAUAAAAUAAAGUUAUUUUUAAAACAGUUAAAUAAAUUAAACGAUAGACAAUAAGGAAAACUUGAUGGUACUUGCAUUAAAUUAUUUUUAC